AUGACAGCAUGGGACCAAGGUAAGAUAUUAAUUUCAGGAGCAGGAGUUGUUGGUUUGUUGCUAGCACAAUCAUUAAAGAAACUAAACAUUCCAUACGAAAUAUUCGAUAGAGAUGAGUCAAUAAGCGCUAGAGGUCAAGGUUGGGGUAUCACAAUUCAUUGGGCAUUGAACGAUAUGUUGAGCAUGCUACCAGAAGAUUUAAUCAAAUCUGUGUACGAUGCUCAAGUUUACGAAAAUUUCCAUGAGAAUGACAAUGGUAAUUUCAUUUAUAUCAAUGGCUCAAACGGUAUCCCAGUUGUUAAUAUCCCACCUGCUCCAAGAUUAAGGGUCAGAAGAGAAGAGUUAAGAGUAAUCUUGUCAACUGGUAUUGAUGUCAAUUGGGGUUGUCAGACCAUUAACAUUGAGACUGAUGACGAUGCAACUGAUAUCAACAAGAGAGUUACAGUCACAUGUAAGAAUGGCAAAGUAUUUCAAGGUGGAAUAUUGAUGGGUAUCGAAGGUUCCAAAUCGGUCACAAGAUCAAUUACAAAUCCUACCAAUCAUGAAUUGCAAUACUUACCGAUUAGAUUUAUUGGUGGUACCAUUGAGUUAUCGGAAGAUGAAUAUAGGAAGAUGGCAACAACUUUCAGUCCAUUGUUGUUUCAGGGCACAAUUCCACAAACUGAAUCGUUCUUUUGGUAUUCCCUCUUAGCAACACCAAAAUACACUAAAAACGGAACUUACAAAUCACAGAUCAUGAUGUCAUGGAAAAAUAAUCCGGAUGAACCAUUUGAUACACCAGAAGAAAAAUAUGCCCUGAUUAAAAUCCAUUCAAAAGGAUUAGACCCUCGAUUACAAUACAUGAUUGAUUACUUGGACAAGAGCACCGGGUCUUUCAUGGAGUUGCAAUUGGCCGAUUGGCCAAUAUGCGAUUGGAACGAUUUCAAUAAUAAGAUCUUAUUGAUGGGUGAUGCAUGCCAUGCGAUGACGAUGUAUAGGGGUGAAGCUUGCAAUCAUGGCAUUGCUGAUGUUAAACUAUUCACAAACUUGUGUGAAAGCUUGUUGAAUGGUAAAAUAGAUUGGAAUGCGGUUGUUGGGAAGUAUAAAACUUCGAUAAAAGAUAGAUGUUCAGAAGCUGUUCUUCUAUCGAGACAGGCUUGUAUCGAUGCUCAUGAUUGG